AAGUAGCCUCGCGCGGCGGGGCCGCAGGUUUAUCCAGGCACCCGCGGAGUUCGGGUCGGAGUCCCUGCGGCCAGGCUAUGGCCACGGUGCAGGAGAAGGCGACCGCGCUGAACCGCUCGUCUCUGCACGUCCCCGCGCAGAAGCCUCCGGGUUUCAGUGUGGCCCAGAAGCCGUUUGGAGCCACGUACGUGUGGAGCAGCAUCAUCAACACCCUCCAGACACAAGUGGAGGUCAAAAGGCGAAGGCAUCACUUAAAGCGCCACAACGACUGCUUCGUGGGUUCCGAGGCGGUGGAUGUCAUUUAUUCGCACCUCAUUCAGAAUAAGUACUUCGGCGAUGUCGAUAUUCCUCGGGCCAAAGUGGUGCGGGUGUGUCAGGCACUGAUGGACUAUAAAGUAUUCGAAGCGGUUCCAACCAGAGUCUUCGGAAAAGACAAAAAACCUACAUUUGAAGAUAGUAGUUGCAGCUUGUAUAGGUUCACCACAGUCCCUACCCAAGACGGUCAGCUAGGGAAAGAGAACAAGCUACGUUCCCCUUCCGGGUACGCAGGUGCACUCUAUAAAUCCUCUGAUAUCAAAUCGGACAGUUUGGAAGAUCUGUGGGAAAACCUGAGUUUAAAGCCUGCUGCUAAUUCCCCUCACACACAUAUCUCUGCAACCCUGUCUCCACAAGUUAUCAAUGAAGUUUGGCAAGAAGAAACGAUUGGGCGUCUACUACAACUUAUAGACCUCCCCCUCCUUGACUCCUUACUCAGACAGAAAGAGCUCGUGUCUAAAGUUCCUCAGCCAAAGAAGCAGCCUGAUGUGAUCAACAGUAGUAACUAUCUGGAUCGAGGGAUUCUCAAGGCUUAUGGUGACGCCCAAGAUGACGAGUGGCUCUCGGCAGCGAUUGACUGCCUGGAAUACCUUCCAGACCCCAUGGUGGUGGCCGUAAGCAGAAGCUUUCCGGAGCAGCCCGGAAGAACAGACCUGGUGAAGCAGCUUCUGUUUGAUGCCCUUGGCAAAUACUACAGUAGUAGGGAGCCUCUCCUGAAUCACUUAUCUGAUGUUCAUAAUGGAAUUGCAGAACUCCUAGUAAAUGGGAAGACUGAAAUAGCGUUAGAAGCUACUCAGCUCUUUCUGAAGCUUUUGGAUUCCCAAAAUAGAGAAGAAUUUAGACGACUACUGUAUUUCAUGGCUGUUGCGGCACACCCUUCGGAAUUUAAAUUACAGAAAGAAAGUGACAAUCGAAUGGUUGUGAAAAGGAUAUUCUCAAAAGCUAUUGUUGACAAUAAAAAUUUAUCCAGAGGCAAAACUGAUCUUCUAGUACUCUUUUUAAUGGAUCAUCAAAAAGAUGUUUUUAAGAUUCCUGGAACUCUACAUAAAAUUGUUAGUGUUAAGCUUAUGGCAAUACAAGAAGGAAAAGAUCCAAAUAAAGACACAGGAUAUAUUUACUGCCAGAGAAUUGACCCAAGUGACUAUUCCAGCAGUAUACAGAAGAAAACCAAAGAUGAACUGUUGAAUUUACUAAAAGCUAUUGAUGAGGAUUCUAAACUAUCUGCCAAACAGAAGAAGAAACUGCUAGGUCAGUUCUAUAAGUGUCAUCCAGAUGUCUUUAUUGAGUAUUUUGGAGACUGAAUUUCUAAUGUCUGUAUAUAAGUUGUGUAUUUUAAGAGUAAAUUAUGUAGCCUAAAGAUCCAAUCACGUUUGUAAGCUUGGAAGUUCUAAAUAUGAAACUGUACUUAAUAAAACUUUUUUUUUAUAA